GAAAUUCGGACUGAGAAAGGCUGCGGAGAGAAGGGGAGGGAGAUCACGUUCUCCAAGACCUGGUUCCGCCUAGCGCCAAAUUGCUCCCCAGACCGCUCGCAUCGGCCUUUUUCGAAAGCCACCCUUUCCCUCCUCGGCGACCGAAGCAAAGCACCGACUGAUGGGCUCUUGUUCUCCCUUGAUCCCUCGGAGUUUAUAAUUGUGCAUUUGAGAAAUAAUCAUACUAAUAAUAAAAAAAAAAUUAAUCAACCCUGGCUGCCUGGUUUCCCCAAGCAAAGAUGGCGUCUUAUGGCUUACUCGAUCAACCAGAGGAAGAUACCCUCCACAAGUCGCGUCUUCUAAACGUCGAAGAGAAACCCUUUAAACGUGUCUCCAAGCGUCUUCUCAAUCCCGAAUCGCUCGUGGUCUCCAAUGCGACACUCCCUCCCACCCCGCCUCCCGAAGGAACCGACGACGAUGCCAGCAGCGCGGCCGCAACGACCGAGGCAGAGAAGCAGAAACGGCUGGACGAAUGGCGCCAUUUCCGCGAGGACGUCACGUUGGAUUUCGCCGCCUUCGAAGGAAGCAUUGCCCGCAUCCAGUUCCUGCUCACGAGCAACGAGAAGGAACGUGAACGCUACGCCGCCGAGAAACUGCGCAUCCUCGCCACCAUGCAAUCCGUGCGGGAGAACACGGCAGACUUGCGUGUCCAGCUAGAAGAAGCACAGCGUCUGCUGGCUUUGCGCAAAAGCUACGACGAGCUGGCCGAGCGAAUCACGAGCAACCGGCUCUUGAAGCCGCGGGAGGAUCAGCAGGCGAAUCUGCAGAAGCUGCAGGCGGAGAUCACCGACUUGGAGAAGGAGAGUAAGGACUACGCUACGACGUGGGCGGAGCGAAGGGAGCAGUUUGGCCGCAUCGUCGACGAGGGCAUGCAGCUGCGACGACUGAUUCGCGACGAGAAAGAGGAAGUGGAGCGCAGGGAGGGCAUGCAGGAAGACGAGGAUGGGGAUGACGCGGACGUGCCGUCAAAGGGCAAGUCCAGUGGUGCUAACACUCCGCGGCCAGACGGCGAUAGCGUCACGCCCUCUCAACAGGGCCAGGAUGACACCGCUCGCUCACCUGCCGCGGGUCUUCAAGCCGAGAAAUAUUCCGCCACAACGGGCGCGGCGUCGCCGUUGCGGCAAGUUACGACUGCGGAUGACGAGAAGAAACAGUCCCCCGACAAAGAAGAUGCUACCAUGGUGGAUGAAGGCGAAGUCACCGCCGACGAAGAUGCCGAUCGAGCGGAUGAAUUGGAAGAGGGGGAAGAGGUCCCGGAUGACCGUAACGCUGACCGAAUGGACAUGACGUAAAGGGGCCAUGGGGUGCACUAACCAAAAUCAAUCCAUAGAGCAAGGAGUUAGGCUAAGCGGCGUUGACUAUGUGAGCGAGGGCAUCUUUGAGUUUGCUCUUUUAUUUUCUUAUUACUUGGUUUCUAGGAGAAACGGAAUUAUCUAUUUGACUAUGGUCUCAAAGCAACAGAUUACAUUUUCAUGAAUCGAAAUACUCAUUGUACUCAACUAUCAGCUCCUUUUCACACAUUCUCAAGCUCAAACUCAAGCAAUCUCCCGCUCCGCAGUUCUAGCCUUAGCAAUAGCCUCCUUCCCAGCAUUGAUAAGCUCGACAUUGCUCUCCGCACCCUUCUGGCCCUCCUCGGUCUAAUGAAGCAUAAAUCGUUAGCCCAAUCUCCGGCAAACAUCCCCACCCACCCAGCCUUUCUUUUCCUUAUGCGACUCACCAGCAGAGACUCCAACUUGGCUAUCGAAUCAUCGAUCUUCUGCUUCAGCGUAGGCAGAACCUUCUUGGUCUCCUCGAGCGCGAGACGCUGUUUAGUAAAGCCCCGAUUAGCCAUGCCCAUGUCCAUGUUCUCCAACCAUGAAGGGCGGCGGGCGCGUUGCAAUCAGAGUUGCCCAACAGACACAUACCUCUUGUCGCAGCGUGUAUUCCUGGUUCUCGUCGCCGGUGUUCUCUUGGGUCUCUAGGCGCUGGAUGCGGUUGGUUUGCUCUUUCAGCUCGUUGUGGUAGGACGCUUCUUCCUUGACCAGGCGCAGGACGGACUGCGUGGUGAUCUCUAGCUGAGAACGGGGUGCCAUGGUGAUCUUGUGUGAGAGAGACGAUCAGUAUAGGGAAAUGAGGUCAAAGGUAGAGGAGGGAUGAGAUGAGGAAAGGAUGAUGUCAUGUUUAUAUAGGGGAUAUUUUCGUCCACAAAUAAAGAAUAGAAGGCAAAGACACAGCACAGGAAGGUCUUUAAAACAUGACACCUUUGAUGGCAUUGUAAAUCCAUUGAAGCGAGACACGGGGAGCCUAUGCGGCAACUACAGCCCCUCCAGGUGACAUAUGAAGGUGGUGGGGAUUUGUAGAGAUCGGUGCUUUCAAUACAUACCAAAGGAUGGCUCUGCUCGGUCUGGUAGAGAGUUUAAUGUGUGAUUCAGAUGAGUGCGCAAAUGUUGGAAUUGACUGAGGUGUUUGACAACUAGCAGAAUCAAAGAGUUGAAAGCUCCCCGCGGCCCCUCCACUAUCGAUUAGACAUGAUGCUGCUAUCCAAAAAGGGACAUUU